AUGAAAUUUCAGGUGCCAUGUAAGGCUCCAGGUGAAAAGAAUGCCCACGACGCCACGCUGAAAAUACUUAGCAAGGUGACAAAGCAUUCAUGGGAAGCGAAGGCUGUGCUGGCCCUGGCGGCUUUUUCUUUGGAAUAUGGAGAGUUCUGGCUCAUUGCCCAGCAUCAACGAUCUGACCAACUUGCCAAGUCUGUGGCAUGUCUUAAGGGAGUACCAGUCCUUCUCAAGCCCGAAAACUUCAAGCAAAGCUGCGAAGCAGUUGCUCAGCUAAAUGAUGUGAUAAUGUCCACGUUGGAGGUGAUUGAUUGCAUCUUAGAAUUGGAGAAGCUUUCCAGUAUUUAUAAUGAGGUAAAGGAGUUGAGAGAAAUCUUGACAAAUGCAAGGAAAGAUAUGUCAGUGAAUGUCUAUUGGUGUAUCAUUACAACUGUGGCUUGCGGCACUAACUUCACCCUUCUUACUAGUGAUGAGGGGAAGUCACACGAUCUUGUCCCGUAUGCUCAAAAGAUCACAAUCAUCCUUAAAACCCUUAAAGGACAGCUUAAGAGCUGCAUUAAAGAAAUAGAGAAGCUACAGAUCUACAUGAAGUUAAAGCAGCUCUUUCAAGUUCCUACUGAAAUCAUGGAGGCUAUUAAGACCCUGAUAUUUUUCAAGGAUGACAUGAAGACGACCAUUUUUUAUGGUUUUACUAAGAAACUGGUUCAGAUCGACAUCCUAAGGACGAAGAAUGUGUUAUUGUUCAUUUCGAGCUUAAACAUAUCUGACGGUUACAUUUCGCUUCUCGAACCCAUCCAUGAGCUUACAAAGAAAAAGGAUGAGUAUAAGAUUGUUUGGAUUCCAAUUGCGGAGGAGUGGCAUGAAGAGCAGCAAAUCAAGUUUCAGACCCUGCGGGAUAAGAUGCCAUGGUAUACAAUAAACCAGACUAACAAGCACAUAUCAGGCAUAAAGUACAUUAAGGAGGAUUGGAACUUCAAGGGUAAGCCUAUGCUGGUGGUGUUGAACAAAAAAAGUCAGCUCCAACAUUCUAACGCUCUCCACAUGAUUUCAAUGUGGGGAUGCAAAGCCUUGCCUUUCACACAGAAGAAACAAGAAGAGCUCUUACUUUCUCUCCAUGAUACUUGGUUUGCUGCGGUAGUAGGCGAAAUUCACACAUCUGUAUCCAAAUGGAUGAAAGAGGAGAAGUAUAUUUUCUUCUAUGGAGGGGAUUCAGUAUGGACGAAUGAGUUCAAGGAGAAAGCAAGCGCGGUUAUAAAUGGUGACAUCAUAGAGAAAUCAAAUAUUUCUAUUGAGUUAUACCAUGUGAAGAAGGGUGCAAAUACUAGUGGAAUGAUUGACAAAUUUAGCACCUUCUGGGCAGCCAUAGAAACCAUGUUCCGCAUCAAGGUUAGUAAUAAGCAGUUGGACCACGUUGCACAAGACGUUCAGAAGCUACUUUCCUUCAAAAAUGAUAAGAGUGGAUGGGCUGUUCUCCUCCACGGCCGUAAAGUGGUGACCAUUGGUGCUGGCUCGACAAUCUACAAGGCCCUGGAGCACUUUGACACAUGGAAUCAGCACGAAACAACAAUAACAGUAGAGACGUUGGGAAAUUGUUUCAAUGCUGAGCAUGAGAAGGAGAAGAAGAAGGAGUUGGAACAAACUGGUCACGUUUGCACCUGCUUUGACAUCUCAAGCGCCGCCGGAAGCACUUUAGAGGACAUGAUAUGCUACGAGUGUGGCAGUCUCAUGGAGACUUUCAUCAGCUAUAAGUGCCACCAUGUCAAGAAAAAUGAUGAGAGUCGCCAGAUACUGCCUGCAUGGACUAAAGCGUGGAAUCUGACGAUUUCUGAAGCUUCCGCAAAGCUGCAGCAACUGAUGUAUGGUGAUGGUCCUGUGCCAUUGCACAUGAUCCUUGACGCUCUAUCCCAAUUUGGGAGUGAUUAUGGGAGGGCCAAAAUCAAUUCUAGUUGGGUAUAA